CCGGGCCUGGACGACGUGGUGAAGGAAUGCCGCGGGAAGAACCUCUUCUUCUCGAGCGACAUCGAGAAGGGCAUCAAGGAGGCUGAUCUGAUCUUCAUCUCCGUCAACACGCCCACCAAGACGUUCGGCAUCGGCAAGGGUCGUGCAGCUGAUCUGAAAUUUGUCGAGGCAUGUGCAAGAAAAAUUGCCGAAGUAGCAGAGGGACACAAGAUCGUCGUGGAAAAGUCAACAGUACCGGUUCGCGCUGCAGAAUCCAUCUCUCACAUUCUCAGUGCCAACACAAGGCCAGAUGUUUCAUUCCAGGUAUUAUCCAAUCCCGAAUUUUUAGCAGAGGGGACAGCUGUUACAAACCUUCUGUACCCUGAUCGUGUGCUCAUUGGCGGAGAGGAAUCUGCAGGGGGAGAUGAAGCUGUUGCGAAAUUGAUGUGGAUCUACACACACUGGGUUCCGAAGGAGAAGAUUGUCACCACCAGCACUUGGUCUUCGGAACUUUCAAAAUUGGCAUCAAAUGCAUUCCUGGCUCAGCGAGUAUCCAGCAUCAAUGCCAUCUCGGCCGUGUGUGAAGCAACAGGAGCUGAUGUAUCCCAGGUUGCUGCAGCUGUUGGUCUGGAUUCGCGAAUUGGACCCAACUUUCUUCAGGCGUCUGUUGGAUUUGGAGGCAGCUGUUUCCAGAAGGAUUUGCUAAAUCUCGUUUAUAUUGCCGAGUGCCUUAACCUACCGGAAGUGGCCAUGUACUGGCAGCAGGUCACAGAUAUGAAUGAAUAUCAAAGAACUAGAUUUGCCAAGAGAAUUGUAGAAUGCUUGUUUAACACAGUGACGGAUAAAACGCUGGCUGUGUUUGGGUUUGCCUUCAAGAAAAACACAGGUGAUACAAGAGAGAGUCCAGCCAUCUAUGUCUGCUCCCACCUGCUAGAAGAAGGGGCCAGACUUAACAUUUAUGAUCCUAAGGUUGAGCCAAAACAAAUUGAACAUGACUUAACAAGCUCAAGUGUGACAGACGACCCAGAGCGUGUACAGAAGCUCUUCAGUACCUACUCUGACCCAUAUGAAGCUGCCAAAGACGCCCAUGCUAUUGUUGUUCUUACUGAUUGGGAUGAAUUUAAGAAUUUUGACUACAAGAAGAUGUUAGACUCAAUGAAGCGACCGGCAUUCAUCUUUGAUGGACGUAAAAUGUUGGACCACUCUGCCUUGAUCAAACUGGGCUUCCACACAGAAACAGUCGGAAAGAGAUUUGCCCGUAAUGCUCUUCUGAGAGCUUCUGGUGAACAUUUUCCAGCAUUUUCAUGGACACCAUAACUCAAGCACAGUCUUCCAGCAGACAUCGUGGGUCCAAGGAUUGUGAGGAGGGCAAAGUUCUAGAAUAUCUGUACUGGUUAUCAAGUGUAUAGGGUGCUUUGAGAAUAAGUUUACUGUUGUUUGAUUAAUGUCUUAAAUAACUUAUUGGUUGGGUACCUUUUAUGGCUUUGAUCUUAUCGCAAUAGAUCAUACAGAAGAGGCUUUAUUGAUGUUAAUUUAAGGAGGUGCAAAGUUGAUUUUGUGUUAUUUAAUAUUCUCCAUUGGCAUUAUUCAACCCUCAUUAUCAUUGUGUGAUUCAAACAAAGUUAUUUGGGAAUAUGCUAUGUAAAACACUUUAUUUUUUAGUUUAAUUCAAUAACAUUACAGAAGUAAGAAAAAGACAAAGCUCAAAGGGUUACAUCAGAGGAUGCAUCUUCGCAUUUCGUUUAAUGCGCUGCCUCCAUUUCUUGGUAGUCUGAAGAUUAAAUAGCCUUGAUUAUGUCUCCUUUCACAAUAAGUAGUUUCAGAUGUACAUUUUAAGUCCUGAUACUGGUAAUGUACAGACCCUCUAUGUAUCCUGGGAUGUUGUGGGAAGUGAGGAAAAUUAUAUACUGUGAGAAUUAUAUAAUAAACGUUGCUUUAAAGAUGAGGAAAUGUUGGCAAAAAAUGAAGAGGGUAAAUGCAGGGGAACUUUUAUCAACUAUCUUCAAAGUGCAAUUUCAUAUAUAAUAUGAAGAAAAUUUAUCUCAAUAUAAAUGAGUAUGGUUUUGUAAUGAUAUCUCUGUAGCAUAUGGUUAAAUGUUCACAUAGCUUCUGUAUGGCUUAAGUGAUAUUGGAAUAGUAUUUUAUAAAUGUUGUUAGUGAACUUUUAUCCUCUUGAAGAAUGGAAUCAAAACCUUCAAUAAUGUUUUUUAGCUGAUUUGUAGACAACUAUACUUGUUGCAGUAACCAAGAUAUAGCAUGAAAUUUUCAGUUGUAACUAAAAAAUUGGUGUUGAGAUGUUAUGCUAUACAGAAUAUAGCAGUAUAUUAUCCUUAAAUAUGUUUCCCAGCUGUCCAGUCUUGUAAGUCACAGCAAUAUCAAGUUUUAUAUAAUGGUAGUAUACAGUUAUUUGAAUGACCGCAUGAAUAAUCCUUUAGAUCUAUAAUUUUACAUCAUUAUGCCAACUAUUCCUUAUAUAUAUAUUGACAUGAGAGGAAUAUGAACAUGUCUCUUAAAGAUCCAAAUGUUUACCCUCAUAUUUGGUUUGUUGUUUUUGUUAACGUUUUUUCUCAGAAUUUUUAUAAAGUUGAAGUUUGGAACUUUAGACAUGAGAAUGUUGCCUGGGAUAGAAUACCCAGUCAGAUGGGAGAGCCGUUUUGUUCACAGAAUAUUUCUCUGUAAGAAGCUUUUAUGGACAUAUGGAUUGCCGUAUUUUUUUGUGGCAAGUAUUAACUGUGAGAAUUUUUUGUUUUAUUAUAUUUGCUUUAUUUUUAGAUUUGUAUUUGCUGUUAUCUUUAGUCAUUCUGAUUUUAGGAAAUUUCUGGGCUGAUUUUUAUUAAGUUAGGUUUAUUUAUCAUCCUUUUAAAAGUAAAGCCAGAGAUGUACCACAUUGUGUACUACUCGUUAAACAUUGAGAAUAUCCUGUGAUGGCAGUUUUGUAAUGCAUUUAUAUACUGAUUAACUGAGUAGACAGUAUUGGUUUGUUGAAUUACCGGUAACUUACCACAGACAUUCCCUAACUCAUGUAUUCCACACAUACACACAUACUGUUGAUCUUGUGUGUGUGAUGGGUCUGGUUUUACAUUGUAUUUGUCAGUUCCAGCAUGUAGGUUCAUAUUAUCAGUGUUAUUAGACAUACCAUAGGAGUGAGUGUAGUUGAUUUCAUGGCAGCAUUUUGAUUAAAAGAUAAAAAAAUAUAUAUAUAUAUAAUUUUGAGGUAGUUUAGUGAACAGGAGAUUUAUUAUGAAGUGGGGGGUAGCACAAUGUUGGUUUUGUUUUGUUUUUUUGUUUUUUGAUCAGUGUUUAACUGGACAUUUUGUUAGACCGUUAGAAUUAUCGAGUGAAAUGGUGCCAAGAUGAAGUUUAUUUUUCUUGUAGUUUAUUUGUUAAAAAUAACUUAUAUAUAUUUAAAUUUACUUAUUUAUGUAUAUGACGGAUAUCUCGAGGAUUAUGAGAGGUAUCAUAAUCCUGCAGCUGAUAUGCUGGAAAGGGAUACUCUACUUUAUACACAGCUACACUAACAUUCAACAUUUAUCUAUGAUAAGUGCUAGCAUGUACCUCUAAAGGAUAAUGAUUAAUUGAAGCCAGUGACUCAUAAACCUUCAUUUCCCAGUAUUAGGAUUGAGUGAUUGGCUGUCUAGCUGCAGCUCACUUAAAUAUUUGUUAAAUGCAUUAAAACAGAAGUCAAGAUAUUGUGUAUUACUGUUAAAAGAGUUUCCAUCUGAUGCACCAGCUAGUCUAAAGCAAAAAUCACAGCUGGCGUAAAUACUUAAGGAGUGUUGUGAAGUGUAAUAUGUUUGAGGAAUAAUUAUUUUUAUUAUUCAUUUCAGUUUAGAGAUUACAUGAAGGUAGAAUGGCUCUGUUGUUUUGCCGAAAGUUUCAGUGAGGGAUACUUAUUUCAGUGUGCGUUUGUGUAUUUCUGUGUGUGCGUGACGAGAUGACAAACCUAAUCCCUAACCUGAAAACAACCUGGUGAGUACCUGGCAAAUACUAAAAGAAUUUCUUAAUUGGGAGACUCAAUGUGUUAUGAAACAAGGUAAUUGAUUUUGCAAUCAAAAUUUGAUUAUCCAUGUAAAAAUCUUAUUUAAAAAAUAAUAUUCAGAUAAUAUAUAUAUAUUUUUUUUUUUUCCCUUUACUUUUUUUUUUUAUAAUGUUUGUAGUAAACAUAUCAGUAUUUAUCAUGUAAACUAUUUAUUUCAUUGUGACAGUCUUAGUUAUGUCAUUAGUAUUUGGACACCUUUUGUUAUUAUCACUUUUUACAGGAAUAAUAAUGCACAGACCCAUUAUAUGUUUGAUAAUAAAGGUGAUUAAACAUAACAACCUUUA